CUCCUCAUGCCUUUGACAACAAACUCAAGUUGGCAAAUUGCACCUGCCCUUGCAUAAUAAGGUCCUUUAGCUGUCCUCUAGCUAGUAUUGGGAAAAAGUUAGCAACUUUAGCAAUGGCAUCUCAUCAAACAUUUUCUUCACCAUCUCUUCUUCUUCUCUGUAGUUGCUUAUUUGGCUUACAACUCAGUGGCAUUUUAGCUGAUUAUGGAGGAUGGCAAGGUGGUCACGCCACCUUCUAUGGCGGUGGUGAUGCAUCUGGCACAAUGGGAGGAGCAUGUGGAUAUGGGAAUUUGUAUAGCCAAGGGUAUGGAACAAACACUGCAGCGUUAAGCACAGCACUGUUCGACAAUGGGUUGAGCUGUGGUGCUUGUUAUGAAAUGAAGUGCACUGAUGAUCCCAAAUGGUGUCUCCCUGGAACCAUUACAGUUACUGCUACUAACUUCUGCCCACCAAAUCCUGCUCUGCCCAAUAACAACGGCGGUUGGUGCAAUCCUCCUCUCCAACAUUUCGAUAUGGCUGAGCCUGCUUUCCUUCAAAUCGCCCAAUACCGUGCUGGAAUUGUGCCUGUCUCCUUCAGAAGGGUGCCAUGUGUCAAGAAGGGAGGAAUAAGAUUCACCAUCAAUGGUCACUCCUACUUCAACUUGGUAUUGAUAACCAACGUCGCGGGUGCAGGAGAUGUUCGUGCAGUUUCAAUCAAAGGGUCUAAAACAGGGUGGCAACCAAUGUCAAGAAACUGGGGGCAAAACUGGCAGAGUAACUCUUAUCUGAAUGGUCAAAGUCUAUCCUUUCAAGUCACUGCCAGUGAUGGUAGAACUCUCACAAGCUAUGACGUGGCGCCUUCUGGUUGGCAGUUUGGUCAGACCUUUGAAGGAAGCCAAUUUUGACUUCCUAUAUUUUUUCUUAUAUUUUUUAUUGAGUCUAAAAUUUGUAUAUUUAUUUAUCUUAGCUUCUUUACGUAGAAGAAGGGAAAAAAGAAAAGAAAGAAAGAAGCAAAGUAAUUAAAGUGUUUAUUUAUAGUUUGAGGCUUGAAUCUCUGGCCUUAUAGAAAAGCUGAGGUUGCUAAAGUAGCACCCGCUUGGGCCUUCCACAUUGAAAAAUAUAUAGUAUUUGUAUUUGAGCAAAGUAUUUAUCUCAAUCAAUCAAUAGUCAUUUAUAUUA